AAAUCGCUGAGUUUUCAAUUAGGCGCCUUCCCGCCGAAAACAACAGUUGCUAAUUUUAUUGACUUGACCUGACCACCGGACGCGGCCGUGUAAUUUGUUUAGCAACUGCUCCCUAACUUCCACUGCAUAAUCAUCUCGACACUCUCGCUGUGCGCGCGCGUAUAUACGCGUCCUAGUGCCGUUCCCUUUCGAUCGGCACAUUGAACCCAGCAGCAGCAGACACACAGCUCGUCGCCUCCUCGUCAGUCCUCAGUGAGCAGUGAGUCGUUGUGCAUUAGCUGAAUCAGGAAUGGCGGGCACGGCGGCAGCGCUGAAGUUCACUGUGCGCAGGCGGCCCGCGGUGCUGGUGGCGCCGGCGGCGCCGACGCCGCGGGAGCUGAAGCGGCUCUCGGACAUCGACGACCAGGACGGGCUGCGGUUCCACAUCCCCGUCAUCCAGUUCUACCGCCGGAGCGCGCUUAUGGGCGGCCGGGACCCCGCGCCGGUGAUCCGCGACGCGGUGGCCAAGGCGCUUGUGCACUACUACCCAUUCGCCGGGCGGCUCAGGGAGCUUGAGGGGCGCAAGCUCGCCGUGGAGUGUACCGGCGAGGGCGUCUUAUUUAUCGAGGCCGAGGCGGACGUUCGGCUUGAGCACUUCGGGGACGCGCUGCAGCCGCCGUUCCCGUGCCUCGAGGAGCUCGUCUUCGACGUCCCCGGCUCGUCCGAGGUCCUGGGCUCACCGCUCCUCCUCUUCCAGGUGACGCGGCUGGCGUGCGGGGGCUUCAUCCUGGCGGUGCGGCUGCACCACACGAUGGCGGACGCGCAGGGGCUGGUGCAGUUCCUGGCGCCGUCGGUGCGACCGGUGUGGGGGCGCGAGCUGCUGGAGGCGCGCGACCCCCCGCGGCCGGGCUUCGCGCACCGCGAGUACGACGUGGUUCCGGACACCAAGGGCACCAUUGUGCCGCUCGACGACAUGGCGCACCGCUCCUUCUUCUUCGGGCGCCAGGAGGUCGCGGCCAUCCGCGCCCACCUCCCGCCGCACCUUCGGUCCCGUGCCUCCACGUUCGACCUCCUCACGGGGCUACUCUGGAAGUGCCGCACCGUCGCCCUCGCCCCGGACGCCGACGAGGUGAUGCGGAUGAUCUGCAUCGUCAACGCCCGCGGCGGCAAGUCCGGGGUCGCCAUCCCCGAGGGCUACUACGGCAACGCGUUCGCGUUCCCGGUGGCCGUCGCCACGGCUGGAGACCUCUGCGCGAAACCCCUGGGCUACGCCGUGGAGCUAGUGAAGCAGGCCAAGGGCGAGGUGGACCUGGAGUACAUGCGGUCGGUGGCUGACCUGAUGGUGCUGCGUGGGCGGCCCCACUUCACGGUGGUGCGCGCGUACCUGGCGUCGGACGUGACCAAGGCCGGGUUCGGCGACCUGGACUUCGGCUGGGGCAAGCCGGUGUACGGCGGCCCCGCGAAGGGCGGCGUCGGAGCCAUCCCCGGGGUGGCCAGCUUCUUCAUCCCGUUCAAGAACGCCAAGGGCGAGGACGGCAUCGUCGUUCCGAUGUGCCUACCCGGCCCCGCCAUGGACAGGUUCGUGGAGGAGAUGGGCAAGCUGCUGAGCCCGCCCGCGCAGCAGCAGGACGCGUCCCCCACGAGGUCCGCGCUCUGAGUCCAGCUGCCGCGCCCACCCGAGCGUGCUGCCACGUGUCCCGUCUCGUGCUAUACGUGCAUAAUUGCGUGGCGUGAGUAGCGUGUCGAAUUUUUAUAUAUAUGUGUGUGUGAGAGAGAGGG